GAAACAGUAAAUGUGACAUUUUAAAGCGUGGCGGGCAGCUAAAUUUCCGCUAUUCCUUCCUUCUUUCCUUCACGGGAUAAAGAGAACAUUUUGAAAUCGCGUGUACUGUUGCCCCUAUUUUCAUUUUUCUUUAGGGUUAGGGCAUUCAACUCUGUAAUCCAGAUCAAUAAUACCAGUAGGGAACUCAUCUGGGCCUGAAUGGAACCUUCGGUGUCGGGAAUGGCGAGGAGCUGCAUACAGUCCCUUUUGAAGCUGGUGAAUUCGUUGAUUGGUAUGGUGGGUAUUGCGAUGAUUCUCUAUGGGAUAUGGAUGAUUAGAGAUUGGCAGAGGCAUACGCAUGGCGAUCCAUCUCCCUUUAUCGGCCCCGAUUCUCCACCUCCUUGGUUCAUGUACACCUUUCUUGCCCUUGGGGUAACUUUAUGUUUUAUCACAUGCUCAGGACAUAUUGCAGCUGAGACUGUUAAUGGAUGCUGCCUGUAUUCUUACAUGUUGUUUAUCUUUCUACUUUUUGUGCUUGAAGCGGCUGUAACAGCGGAUGUGUUUCUAAAUCAUGACUGGGAGGAAGACUUCCCUGUGGACCCAACUGGUUAUUUUAUGGAUUUCAAGAAAUUUAUCAAGAAAAACUUUGAUAUGUGCAAAUUGAUUGGCCUGUCUGUGGUCUCCGUGCAGGGUCUGACUUUGUUGUUAGCCAUGAUAUUGAAGGCUUUGGGCCCACAUGUGGAAAGACACUACGAUAGUGAUGAUGACUAUUCUCCAGACAGGGUUCCCUUGCUGAGGAAUUAUGCUCCUCCACCUUCUUAUUCUGUCGGCGAUCCUAAAUACAAAUCCAGGAACGAUUCGUGGAAUUUAAGGAUCAAUGAUAAGAUAAACAGGUGAAUACUUUGAUGAUGAAGGGAUGAUGGAUACGAUGUUUGGGGAAUACGUGCAACUACUUAUGUUAAUAGUUCCUAAGAUCUGAAAUAUGGGCACAAAGUAGUACAGAUUAUUGAUUGAUUUUGUUAUAAUUGUGUGAAAAAAGAAAACCUGUCCAAAUGUAUGUGUACCCCAACUGAAUGUUGUUAUGGAUUUACUACUAUUUUCAAUUUGAUUCUCAAUUCACAUA